CAUCACAAUUUCAUCUAUCUCAAAUUUGCUUGUAAUGAUUUUAAUCAGGGAAAUGCUUUAUCAACAGGCAUUGAUACUGAUUUAUUUCAAUAUUCUGAAAAUUUUAUUAAAAAUAAAUUGAUAUAUAUUGGACGAGUAGCACCAGAAAAAAAUUUAUUUCGAUUAAUUGAUUUAUUUACAUUGGUACAAGAUGAAUAUACAUUAGAUAUUGUUGGUUUUGGUCCAACUGAAAAGGCAUUAAAUAAAUAUGUCAAAGAAAAACAAAUAAAAAAUAUUCAAUUUAUUGGUCGAAUUGAUUACAAAGAUUUAUAUAAGUAUUAUCAAAGUGCAAUGGCAUUUAUAUGUACAAGUUUAAAUGAAUCAUAUGGUUUUACAUUACUUGAAUCAAUAUCAUGUGGAACACCUAUUAUCUAUCCAAAAUGUUCCGUAUUUGAAAAGUUAUAUAAACCAUAUUUUCCUCAAUUAGAAUAUGAUCUAGAUAAUGACAAUGAAUUUAUCAAUGCACUCAAAUAUAUUCAACAAAGUGAUAAACACUUACGACAAUUAUGUCGAACACAUGCUUGUCAAUAUUCAUGGAAAAAAUCAACAGAAGAUCUCGUUUCAAUUUAUCAAAAUCUCAUAGUUAAUGAUAAAAAAAAAGAAGUUUAA